UCCACGUAGUAAUCUCAUAAGCUCAAGAGGUGAUUCGGAUGAUGUAAACGCUUUAUCCCGCGCCCUCCAAGCUUACUCCUUUUUCCACAAUCCAAACUCCCGUUCGUCAAGACCACCCUCAAGCAUGGAAAAAGAAGUCAAAGCCCAUAUCGAGCAUUCAGCGGCUUAUGCAGCAUCCGUGAAGCCCAAGUAUCGGAGUAAAGUUCCAACCAUGCCCACAGAGUAUGGCAAUGAACCCAUGCCGCUGAGCUUGCGGUUGAAGAGAGCGCUAACAGCAACAUCCCCAUGGGUCCCGGAGUUAGACUGUGACCGUGUGGGUGAGAGACGUGAAAGGUGAGCACGUGCGCUGAGUUGAUCGAUUGCUGAACAUGGU